UGGCCGAGGGCCGUGGUCCAAUGAGGUUGCCGAUGGAGCCAAGCCGGAGGCCGGCUCGUGGAUGUUAUUGAGGCGGCGGAAUGCGGCGAGCCGCCGGCAGCGGGCCGCUGCUCCGGGCUUGACCGCACGCCUCGGCCACACUUCGGCCCGUCGACGCAGCUGCAGCCACUGCAGGCCACACAGAUAACCGGAAGUGAGGAUAGAAAAAGAUGCUGGGCUCUGACAGAGGGGUUGUGGAGGACUGGCUCUCCCAAUUCAAGACUCUCCCUGAAACUCAGAUAUCUACUUAUGCAGCAACUCUCCACCAGAACAAUACAAUAGUGCCAGCUCUUUACAAGGUUAUCCAGGAUUCCAACAAUGAGUUACUGGAACCUGUCUGUCAUCAGCUAUUCGAGUUGUAUCGGAGCGCUGAGGUGAAAUUGAAAAGAUUUACAUUACAGUUUUUGCCUGAACUGAUCUGGGGAUAUUUGCGCAUUAUAUCAAGCAGAGAGAGACACUGCAAUGGCUGCAUCGAAGCUUUGCUACUAGGUAUCUACAAUCUGGAGAUAGUGGAUAAAGAUGGAAAUAAUAAGGUCCUGUCCUUCACAAUCCCGUCACUGUCCAAGCCAUCAGUAUAUCAUGAGCCUUCAAGUAUAGGUUCCAUGGCCCUAACGGAGGGAGCACUAAGCCAGCAUGACCUAAUCCGAGUGGUGUACAGUGAUCUUCACCCUCAGAGGGAGAACUUCACAGCGCAGAACAGGUUUGAAGUGCUAAGUUUCCUUAUGUUGUGCUAUAAUUCCGCAGUGGUCUGCAUGCCUAAAUCCUCCUACCGCUCCCUCUGCAGUGUGUGCUCGAGGCUGUGCAUUACUGGGUUUCCACGACAACGGCAGAAGAUGUGGAGCGAGACUUGUGGUCGGGUAAUACUGGACCCAGAGUUCAUGGUGCAGUUGUUAACAGCAGUUUAUCAUGCAAUAUACGAUGGAGAGUGGGAGUUGGGCCAGGAGGCACUGGAGGACCUCUUGUAUAGGGCACAGUUAGAGUUGUACUCACAGCCGCUGUUGGUGGCUAAUGCAAUGAAGAGCUCAUUGCCUUUUGAUGCUCCUGACGUUUCUAAAGUGGGUCGGAAGUGCCUGCAGGUAGAAGUUACACCAACGGUACCCAGGAUAUCCCGUACUGCCAUCACCACUGCUUCCAUACGAAGGCAUCGCUGGAAGAGAGAAAAUUGUGUUGACCUCCUAUUUGAUGCUGAGUCAAGCGACCCCACCUCCCUAACCUGUGACUCGUCUGAAUUGACCGGAGAGCGCAAGAGGAAUGGGGAGGGGAUGCCAGUGGCGCCCAAGCACAGUCAGCAAGAACCAGCAGCUGUGGCAACGGCAGAGGAUCUGAAUGCUGCAAGCGGAGGAGAGGAACCUGUCCACAUCACUGACGCAGACGAGGGAUUCUCAUCGGGGGCAUCUAGCAGCAGCCAGCCAACUGGGUCCAAGAGCAGCAGCCUAAAGAAAGGCCCCGGUGGAUUAUUGGGCAGGGAUCAGGCAGAGGGCAGCCGCAAGCUCCCAGCAGCCCGCUGUGCUGCCGACACCAUGGAGUUGACGCCAGUGAAGAAGCACCUCCUGGCGGCGAGUGGUGUGGCAGUGCCUAAGGCAGGAGCUGUUGGCCUGGUGCGGACGGCCAGCACCUCCUCCACCAAAUCCUUCGAUCGGGUAAACGGGAGCCAGACCUUGGAUGGGGCCUCCAAUCUGGCCGUCAUUAACGCCAACAGGUUCUCGACCAUCAGUCUCCAGGAGGAGAGGCUGGGCCGAGGUAAUGAGGCCAAGGAUCUGCUCUCCCCUGGAGCCCCUCUUACCAAACAGUCCAGGUCGCCCAGCUUUAACAUGCAGCUCAUUUCCCAGGUGUAGGCAGGCACUGCCUUCCUUGUCCAAUCAAUAAUGUCUGGGUAUCCUUUUUAAACACCAUUCUCUUUUGGGAGUUGUCCCGCUGUCCCCUUCUCCUUCUUUCCCCAAUUCCCUCCCAAAACCUAUCACCCCUCCCUGACUUUCAGCUCUAUUUUAUUCCAAGUGAUGAUACUGUGCAGAAUAAAGAAACUAUUUUGUACUGGAAGAGCAAUAAAGGAGUCUGUAGGAAGCAGGCUGUGGUGUGACGUAUGUCCCCACAUUCAGUCUGUUCCCUACCUCGUCUUCGGGUGAUGUGCAAUCCAUUGGUACCAGUCUUGACUGAGUACUGGAACUUGUCCAUUUCUAUCUGACCUUCCACGGCAGGCGAUUCUCGGUUUGUCCAGCGCUGUCUUUCAAUUUGUACAGCUUGACACUGACCUAUUUCUUCAGAAUACACUAUGUUGCCUUCAGAAAGGCCCAAACGUUCUUUUGCUUGCCCAUACCUGAAUACAUCAUUAAAGAAAAGAGCAACGUUUAUAUCGCCGCUAACGGGCAAUGUCACUGAAAGAACAUUUUCAUGAAACUAUUUGAGAACCCCGUGAACACGUAACAGCUGCAAAUCACUGACCAUAGUUUGCUGAGGUGACCAAACCCACUUCACUAAGCUUCACCUUUUGACACAAAAAAAUUGAAAACUUGUCUCCUUGCACAGCAUCCAAUCAAUAUUUAAUUGGAAUGCUUAACUGUGUAGAGCCAAGAGAUGUUUAAACCAUAAAUAGUAGUAGUUUCUCAUUUCUCCCCAUCCCCCACUAGUAUGUCUCAUAAUGGGCUAGCGUUGCACUGAUAGUUGAAGAAGUGAAAUUGCACUAUAGUACACAUAGACACAAUCUAAACCGCGAUGAGAUUUGGAGUAUUAAGCAAAGACUGGCCCAUUUGGUACUUGUAAAACAGCAACAUAAAUGUUCCCUCCCUUUCAUUCGGAUUCUUUAUUAAUAUAGGUAUUUAACCCUCUGGGGCUCAGAUGCCCAGGGUCACUGGUCCCUAGAGCAUAUCAUUCUCCAAUAGCUAUUUGUUGUAUAAUGUAUUAAUUGGGUGUGUAACUGUAAGAGCCUUUUGUGGGAGUGUACCCACUUUUGUGCACACUUCCAGUACUGGGUACGGAUCUCUCACUCUUAACCUUGUAAGGAUGUGUAUGCCUGUAUGUACAUUUGACUGUCUGUUUCUACCUAUACAUCCAUGUGUCGUGUACCAUGGAUGGUUCCUGAUGAAUAGUUGUCACAAAUGUGCAUGGAUAUCUGCACUAAAGCCCAAGGGUUCUUGAAUGAUGUUGAGGGAGCUGGCUCCAUAUUCAGCACAAGUCAGGCCUGGGCCUAUGGCAAUAACUUGAGUCAUUGUUAUGAGCUUGGAGCUGAUACUUAUUGAGAUAAAAUAUUUUGUUUUUUCUCUUUCUGGAGGUCUUGAUACUUUAAGUUGCUUGAUCAUCUCUCAUGAAUAUCACUCCACUUCCUUGAUAGGUUUUGUUGGGAAAAGCCGCAGUGACAGCUGGUACCUGAAAAUGCAUUUUUUAUUUUAAUCCAGCCCUGGAGAGAACAGGAAUGGGGUUCCCUGGGGUCAAAAUGCUUUCAGGUUAUGCUUUGGCUAUGUUCGGAUUUCUGUUUUUAGAAACCGUGGGAGGAAACAUUGAUUAGAUUUCUGUAUAAGCCUUUGGUAAAUUUUGUAUAUUCCUGGGUGUCUUAUGUUUGUAUCCUGCCUGCAGGAUGUCCAGCUGCUGUAAUAUGUUUAUAAAUACCAGUCGGCUACCAAUCAUGCAGCAACUCCCAACCUAAGAAGUAAUGUAGUUUUGCUCCAUGGCCCAAAAUUAGCCUUUGCUUGCAAGCACGCUCUAGAAUCUGUACUCCAUUCUCCUGGUAAAGGAAUGUUUGGGAUCCUUGGAAUGUAAAACCUCACUGCCUCUCCCAACCAGUACACUGCCAGGCCAAUUUGUCUGGCCAAGGAAAGUUCCCUGAGCACUUGCUUCCAAUUUGGAGACCACGGUAUGGUGUGGUGGAGACCACAGACAGGUGUGGUGGAAUCUCUGCCUCGGGUCAAUGUUUUAAAGAGGUAAACUUGGAUUUGAUUAGGCUGCUGCCUGGCCUUUGCGAGUACUAUUGGAUCAAUUCUUGGUAUGCAUCGUCUAGCUAUAACUGAUAUUAAGUUAUCCAUUCAAAUGAUUUUGUUUUGCACACUUUGAUUUUUACAUUCCGCCAUGGGUUGGGUGCUUGAUAGCCUGGGAUCGGGCCACCUUUUUUACGUUCCAACUUUGUUUCACAAGUGACCAAGGUAAUUAGCCAAGUGAUUUGAAUUAUCCAGGGCUCAGUCAGUUGGUCUUGAAGAGGUUAUAGGAGUUACAGCAACGGGUUGAUUGAGCAACACGGGUAAUUAAUUUGGGUUUAUUCUGUCUGGAAAUAGGGCAGUGCCCCUUCGAACAUUGUCGGCUCUCCCCGUUUAUAGAGCUGAUGGACCUGUAGGAAUCAACCCAUUCUCUACAAAUUUAAUGCUGUGUUUGUUUGGUCUUCCGUCUUGGUGCUUGUGAACAAAUAUCAAUAGAAGUAUUUAUUUUGCCCAAAGAAUGUUCAGCUGCAGUGAUAAUAUGUCCAGUGAAGUUGAUCUGACCAGUGUGGAUCUGACUUUAGCUGGAGGCUACGUAUGGGAGAGGAAUGUUCCUCAUUCCUCCCAGCUGGGUUAAGCUCAUAGUCUACUGAAAACUGGAGAGUACGUCAAGAGUAAAAUGCUCCUGUGUUCCUGAGAAAUUCUCAAGGGACUGGGAGCUGUACUUUAAUGGGAUAAUAAUAGCAAAAGUAGAAUCUAAUGGAAAUUCGAGUGUUGCCGUUUGGAUUGGUGCAUGUAUAUCUGUCAUUCUUUGAUCAAAAAUCUUUUUUUAAAUUAAAAAUGAGCUGUACUGUUAAUGCAAGAUGUGAAUGUGAUAUUGUAAAUACUUGUCAGAUUAAAGAUUUUAAAUGUGUAAAUACAGAUGUAUAAACAUUCAGAUCCAUCUGCAAUGCAGAGAAAUUAUCUAUCUGUAAUCUCAUUUCCUGGAAUAAAUACUGUGCUGUUUCUGCA